ACGCCCAUUUAGCUCCACCCACGUGCAUCCACAUGGUCACUUAUGAGUGCCAGGAAAAGAUACUAUCAUUUCUCUUCUUCAAGAGGUAAAGGGAGCCCGGGCUAUACUUCUGAUCACAAACUACUACCAAGAAUAAAAGAGGCUGUAGAAAAGGAAAGAUCGAGUCCUUCAGUUGAAUCUUUGGUUGAUAUUCUUCAAGAAACUUAUCCAGAGUACAAGAGAAAGAAGUAUCACUCAUUUAAAGCCCAAGUUGCCAAAAUUUAUAAGACGCUCUCAGUUGAUCCGGUUGGUAACAGGUGGUCAGAAACUGAUGAAGAAGAUAUGAUGGAUAAUGAUACUUUAGUUGAGGCCAGAGGAAAGAAUGGGAUGAAUGAUCUUUUAGUUAAAGUUUAUACAAAGCCAAACCCACCUGAAGAUCCUGACACUACCAUAGAAACAAGUGUUUUGGAAUCAAAAGACGAAAACCAACCCCUCCCUCCUCCUCCUCCUGUUUCCUCCUCACCUGGGACUCCUCUACCAGCUAAUAAGAGAAAGAAAGGAGAAGGGAGAGAGAGUAAGAGCAGAAAGAGGAAGAAACCAUCAUCACUUGAUGAAGAAACAAAAGACGCCAUUAAAGACAGUCAUAUUAAUGAUAUUUCAUUAAUAUAUCCUGAUACAAGGUUCAGUGACAUUGGUGGGUAUGACACAUUAAUCAAGAGUGUGUGUGAGUUGAUUCUCGAUCUUCAGCAUCCAGAGAUAUUCCAGCAUUUAGGUAUAGAGUCUCCACAUGGAGUCUUAUUGAAUGGACCUCCAGGCUGUGGGAAGACAUUACUAGCUCAUGCUAUUGCUGGAGAGAUUGGUUGGCCACUGCUGAAACUUGCUGCCACAGAAUUAGUGAGUGGAGUAUCGGGAGAGACAGAAGAGAAAAUGAGACAGGUCUUUGAUAGAGCCAAGGAGCACUCCCCUUGUAUAAUAUUACUGGAUGAGAUAGACUCAAUUUGUCCUAAAAGAGAAACCAGCCAAAGAGAAAUGGAAAAACGUAUCGUCACUCAGUUAGGAUCCUGCAUGGACGAUCUUCAGUCGUCACUAGUGCUAGUGAUAGGAACGACCAAUCGGAUUGAUUCCAUAGACCCGUGCCUCAGGAGGGCCGGACGCUUUGAUAAGGAACUCUCUCUCGGAAUACCCAAUGAAUCCUCCAGGAAACACAUUCUCCAAGUCCUCUGUCGUAAGCUAAGAGUCUCAGAGGGUUUGGAUUACUCUACCCUUGCCCACCUAACCCCCGGGUAUGUGGGGGCUGAUCUCAGUGCUCUGGUACGAGAGGCUGCCCUCUCCUCCGUCAACAGGUCACUCCUACAUGUACGUCAGUCGGUUGACAGUCACCUGACUCUGGAGGGAUUGUCUGGAGUGCUCAAGGAGGAGCUGAGCCCAUUGUCUGAAGAGGAUUUGAAGUCUUUGUUUAUAAGCGAAGAUGACUUCAAGGUUGGUUUGGAUACUGUCCAGCCCUCUUCAAAGAGAGAAGGUUUUGCUACUGUCCCUGAUGUCACAUGGGAUGAUGUUGGUGCUCUUGAUGCAGUGAGGGCUGAGCUGUCACUAGCAAUACUGGCACCGGUUCGGUUUCCUCAGCAUUUUUCUGCACUGGGUCUGAAACAGCCCCCUGGGGUGCUGUUGGCAGGACCCCCAGGCUGUGGGAAGACUUUGCUGGCCAAAGCAAUUGCUAAUGAAUCAGGAAUCAACUUUAUAUCAGUCAAAGGUCCUGAGCUACUCAACAUGUAUGUAGGUGAGAGUGAGAGAGCUGUCCGUCAGGUUUUUCAAAGAGCAAAGAACUCUGCUCCUUGUGUCAUCUUCUUUGAUGAGAUUGAUGCACUUUGUCCAAGAAGAUCUGAAGUUUCUGAAAGUAGUUCCAGUGCUAGGGUGGUUAACCAGCUCCUCACGGAGAUGGAUGGUAUGGAGUCAAGGAAACAAGUCUUUGUUGUUGGUGCUACUAAUAGACCAGACAUGAUUGAUCCUGCUAUACUUCGUCCUGGCCGCUUGGAUAAGGUUUUACAAGUUGGUCUGCCAACCGGACAUGAAAGGAUAGCCAUUUUGAAAGCAAUCACAAAAGAAGGAACUUGUCCAAAGUUAGCUCCUGAUGUUGAUAUAUCGUUGAUUGCUCUUGAUGAAAGAGCAAGCGGAUACUCAGGUGCUGAUCUUGCAGCAUUGGUGAGAGAAGCUUCAAUUAAUGCCCUAAAGGAGAUAAUGUCACUGUCUCUUUCAUCUCUUUCAUUUCUUGGAGGUCCCUCGAGAAGUAUGCUAACCUAUGGCACUGAAGCCCUAGUCGGUCCUUCUCCAAUGGUACAACAGAGACACUUUGAUGAUGCCUUUAAGAGAGUGCUCCCAUCUGUUGAUAGUAAAUUGCAGCGCAAAUAGAAGUUGCAGUUAACUGGCAGAUUGGAAAUCAACAGAAAUUAUUGACAAAUUUUAUUUUCUCAAAGAAAAAAUAUAGAAUGGUUUAAUAAUAAUAAUAUAACUAAAUAA